GCUUCAAAUAUAUUUUUCCCGAAAAGGCAUUUCGAUUUCCAUUCCGAGUCGGACUUGUCAGAGAGACUGGAGGGCAAAGAAAGAGAUGGCAGCUCUCGUCUUCGGCCGUUCAGUCGCCGCGCUCGUCGCACCGGUCAUUGUAUCUGUCAUCGCGUACAAGCAUCUCAACAAGAAGAAAGCUAGUAAUUACGACGUGUUCCUGAGUUUUUGCGACGACGAUGCUCCGAAGAGCUUCGCCGAUCGCCUCUACAACGGCCUGGCCGCUGCUGGAAUCUGUGUGUUCAGAGAUGACGAUUGGCCCCGCCCGCGCGAGAAGAUCGGGCCGGAUCUUGUCCAAGCCAUCAAGAACAGCAAGAUCUCGCUCCCGAUCCUGUCUCCGAAGUACGCUUCCAGCAGACGGUGCCUCGAUGAACUGGUUCAGAUAAUGGAGUGCCGGAAUGAUAGCUCGGGGCAUAUUGUCUUGCCCGUAUUCUACGGAGCGGAGCGACGUGAACUGCAUGGUUUUGGCCAAAAACUUCCGGACGAACGGAAGCGACAAGCGGUCAUGGAAUUCAGUUCCUUGAAAGGAUGGGAAUCUCAGAAAGUCGCUAAUGGGAAUGAAGAACAGUUGGUCAAAUUGGUUGUCCGGAAAGUUCUGAUAGAAUUGAAGAAAGCGCUUGAGCCGGUUAUUUCUGAGAAUUCGGUCGGGAUUAAAAGUCCUAUGAAAGAUAUUAUGGAAUUUGUGGAUAAUAGUCAUGGUUCUACCCUAUUUAUUGGAAUCCAUGGAAGGGGUGGUGUUGGUAAGACAACUCUCGCUAGAGUCAUCUACAACAAGCUCUCUAGCCAAUUUGACCAUUGUAGCUUCAUCGCCGAUGUUGGGGAAUCAUGUAAGUGCAAUGGUGUUGAGAAUUUGCAGAGUCAAUUAAUCUCGGAUAUCCUAAAAGAAGAAAAUCGAGUGUAUGACAAGGACGAAGGAAUUAGCUUCAUCUCAUCGAGGUUUAAAGAUAAGAAAGUUCUCGUUCUUCUUGAUGAUGUGAAUGCUAAUCAUCAGUUACAGGCUUUAGCUGGAGAACGAAACUGGUUUGCUCUAGGAAGUCGAAUCAUUAUUACCACAAGAAAUAAGAGCAUUCUUGAUUGUGCCAAAGUGGACUACGAGUACAAGCAUAAAGAAAUGGAUGAAGAUGAAGCUAAGAUCCUCUUUUCUAGACACGCCUUUCGAAGGGACUCUCCCCCUAGUGAAUUUUUGGCUCUCUCAGAUCUUGUGGUAUCUAUUAUUAGAAGGUUUCCUCUAACUCUUGAGGUUCUAGGUUCCUAUUUUUGUGGAAAGAGUCAAGCAUCAUGGAUUCAUACUAUUCGAAGCUUGGAAAACUUGCGGGAGACAGGAAUAAAACAGAUUUUGAGGAUAAUCUAUGAAGCAUUGGAGUGUGAACAAAAGAAAACAUUUCUGGAUAUUGCUUGUUUCUUAGUUGGGAGUGAUUCAAGAAUUGCAUCCUGCAUGUGGGAUGCUGGUGACUUUAAUCUGGUGGUGGAAAUUGAAGAACUGAUAUUUAUGUCAUUGAUAAAAAUUGGAGAUAAUCAUGAGCUUAGAAUGCAUGAUGAAUUGAGAGAUCUUGGUAGGGGAAUUGUUCGUGAAGGAUAUUGCAACGAGCCCGACAAUGGCCGUAGAUUGUGGGACUACGAGGAAGCCUUGAAAGUGCUAGAGGGAAGUAAGGGAAUUGAAAAUAUUCGGGCGCUUUCUCUUGACAAAGGCAACUCAAAGGAAACCGUUGACAUAGACAGCUCAGAAAGAAUAACUGAUCAAGGAAGUCAGAUUUACACAAAUGAACAAUUUAAAAAUUUACCGAGUUUACAGUUCCUUCACGUGAGUGCUGCAACUUUCAUGGGAGAUUUCAAUGAAACAUUUUCCAAAUUAAGAUGGCUUCGAUGGGAGAGAUGUCCUCAAACUCUGAAGGCUAAGAAUUUUGGUGUAAAGGAAUUAGCCGUACUCGAUUUGUCAAGAAGCAUGAUUGCAGAUAGUUGGCAAGGAUGGAGUUCAAUCAGGUCGGCAAAGAUGCUAAAAGUGCUGAACCUUACAGGCUGCCGUUCUUUGAAAAGCACUUUCUUUCUCUCAGAUUUUAAAAAUUUAGAGAUUCUGAUCCUCAGAAAUUGUGACAAGCUGGGGAAAAUUGACUCUUCUAUUGGAGACUUGGAGAACCUAGUUUCCCUUGACUUGAGUGGAUGUUUGCUCCUCGAUGAGCUGCCAGUAGGAGUGGGAAAUUCGAAAGGACUAAAGGAACUUCUUCUAGAUCAAACUCAAAUACGAGAAAUUCCUUCAUUUAUUGGUUCUUUGAGGAAGCUGGAGAUGCUUAGCGCGAAGGAAUGCAAAUCAUUGGCUCGACUUCCGGACUCAAUAUGUCAUCUUGUGAAUUUGUCGACCAUUGUCUUAUCAGACUGUCUUGCGCCUCUUCCAGAUGGCAUUUGGUCCCUUGUGAAGUUGCGGCGAUUGUCAUUACAAAACUGCUGCCAACUGAGACUGAUCCACGUCUCAAUUGGUAAGUUGGAAUCACUGACUGAAUUGGUACUAACUGACACAAGCAUUAUGGAAUUACCUGAAUCCAUAGAAAACUUGCAGAAUUUGGAAAUUCUGAAUAUCAGUGGGGCGGCUAUAAGAAAGUUACCCAGUGCUAUUGGAAAGUUGAGAAAGCUCCGGGAAUUAGAUGCUUCGUGGUGCAUAACACUAAGUGAGGUAACUUCAAGCAUUUAUGAUCUUUCUUCCCUCCAACGCUUUGAUUUGCUUGGUUGCUUGGAGCUUCAAUCUCUGCCCAAGCUCCCUUCCAACUUAACAGUUGUUGGUGUCACCUGCAAGAGCGCCGAAUUGCCUUCAUUUUCUCACUUGAUCCGUCUAAAGCAACUACGACUUCAUAACUGCAAAUCUCUCAUAUGCAUCCCAGAGCUUCCCUCAACACUAUUAGAGCUUGAAGUUUCAGGAUGUGAAGCACUGCAGUUCUUGACCCCCCUGAAGGCAGUUAAAGAUUUCAAAGUAUCAUUGAAAAGGUUAGACAUCAUUCGUUGCAAGUCUGUGGGAAAAUUGGACCUUUCACAAUUAAAUCAUCUGAGAGUAUUGUAUGCUCUGGAUUGCAAAAAUAUACUUGAAAUUGGAGGUCUUGACAGAUUGAGUUGCUUGGAAAGCUUGACUAUCCAGGGAGCCGACUCCACUGAGUUAGACAAACCAUUUUCGGCUGUUAGGAAGCGGGCAUAUUGCUUAACACAUUGAAAAGCUGGACCUUUCAGAUUUGAGGAUCUUCAUAUGUUGGUUGUUCUUGGGAGACUUGGAUAUCUUUGGGUGCACUUCCUUAAAGAGGCUGCUGGACCUUAGAAAACUAGAGCGUCUGAAGAUAUUAAAUGGCUAGGAACUACAACAACUUAGUCGAAUUUCGCUGUUCCGAUAGGUUGCAGUUUUUGGAAAAGCUGAAUCUUUGAAAGGUUACUAGAUUCAUGUUGCCUGGGACCCUGAAAGAGUUGGACAUGAUGUCCAACUUGACCAGUAUCGUAUGGUUGUAGAAAUUGCUGGAAACUGAGAAAAAACAGCCAUUUGAUUGGACAAUUAGAUUUUCUGGAUGCAAACUCGCCCAAAACAAUACCAGAAUUUUCUGGAAGGUGACUCCAUCAGAAGCAUGAUUCCUUUGCAUAAUGUGUAUGCGGAUGAGUCAUAGAAGUUGAGAUGAUCUAUUAUUCGUGACAAAGGCAUGUCAAGCAGGUA